UUGGCAAAAGAAGAUCAUAUCUAUCGCUUGAACCAUGUGCUCAACACGCUGUUCCGUUUCAACUUGCAUCAAUUUGACCAAGACAAACUUCACUCUGCCGUCGCCUUGGCCAAUUAUUUGUUUGACACCGCGGGCCUGGAUCAUCUUAAUUUACCUCGACCUCUACUGAUCAACACCAAUGCGAGCGAUAUGCAGCAACAGCAACAGCAGCAGCAACAGCCAGCUUUGUACUCCACGUUGUGCCUUUUACUGCAUGCUCCACGUCCUUCCAAACUCAAGCCCAUGUGUCACAACUGCAACACCAAACCGGCUUCUAGGCGCAAACUUUGUGUCGCCUGCUACCGAUACCAGCUGAAGCACGGUGAAGCGCGACCUUUGCGAUUGAUUGUGGCCAAUCGACCGGGACCCACGCGUGUGCAGGCGUCAUCGGCUUCAUUCUCAUCCGUCAUGGAGUCCAACCAUUCACCGCGCUCGACUUCCAGUCAACUGCCCGUUGUCUUUUACUCACCCAAGAUGUCGGCCCCGUCUCGUGCUCAGAAAUUUUGCGCCAACUGCGGGGUCCAGGAAACCCAUCAAUGGUAUCGAAAUUUGUGUGGUUCAGGUCAUUGGUGCGAAACCUGCAAAAGCUACUAUCUCCGCCACACCAAGGUUCGACCUCCGGAAUUGUUUGUCAAAGCGGCCAAACGGAAAGUCGAUAUUCGCACGCUUGUCAACUGGUCGGCGUGGUCCUGGGAUGAAGCUUCGCCUGUCAGUAGCCCUACCAUUUCUGCCAGUUCGCGUCAAACGACGGCGGAAUCCCGUCGUUCGUCGGCUUCGUCUAUCACGUCGACCUCGACCGCGUCGUCCUUGUCGACUUGU